GUGACGUCAUCGUAUUCGCCGGAAGAAAGAUGGCGUUUAUUAAAGAGGAGAGCGAAGACACCAGGAUUGAAGACGCAUUCAAACAUGAAGAGACAGACAUGAUGCUGCUGAAAGAGGAACAUGAAGUACUGAAUCAAAUAGAAGAGAAAGUCCAAAAUAAGAAUAAUUUCAAAGCUGGAGGGAACUCUUUUAGGUGCUCACAGACUGAAAAGACUUCCUCACGAGAAACAGCUCAGAAGACACUAACUGGGGGUUAUUUCACCUGUUUUGAGUGUGGGAUGAAUUUCAUUCACCCUGAAAGCCUUAGACUCCACAUGGGAAUCCACAAUGGAGAGAAUCCUUACACCUGCCAACAUUGUGGACAGGGUUUCAGUGAACAUGAAAGCCUUAGAGCCCAUAUGGAAAUCCACAAUGAAGAGAAGGGUUUCACCUGCCAACAGUGUGGAAAGAGUUUCAGUGAACAUGAGAGCCUUCGAGAACACAUGAGAAUCCACAAUGAAGAGGAUCCUUACACCUGCCAACAGUGUGGAAAGAGUUAUGCUCAAACUGCAAGCCUGAAAGUACACAUGAGAAUUCACACCGGAGAGAGAGAUUUUACCUGCCAAGAGUGUGGAAAGAGUUUCAUUCGAAAACAAACCCUUGAAAAUCACAUGAUAGUUCACACUGGACCGAAGCCUUUUGCAUGCCAACACUGUGAAAAGAGUUUCUUAACAGAACUAAACCUGAAGUAUCACUUGAACAAACACACUGGAGAGAAGCCAUUUAAAUGCGAUCAGUGUGGAAAGAGAUUUCUUCGUAAAACAAGCCUUAAUAACCACUUGAAGAUUCACUCGGAAGAGAACUGCUUUGUAUGUCAACAGUGCGUAAGACGUUUCGCUGACAAAGCACAUCUUAAAAUCCACAUGAGACUUCACACUGGAGAGAAGCCUUACCCUUGCACUCAGUGCGGAAAGAGUUUCACAUAUAAAAAAGCUCUUGAGUCCCACAUGAUAAGUCACACUGGAAAGAGCCGUUUCACCUGCAAACUGUGCGGGAAGGUCUUCACAAACAAGGUUGGUCUCAUGUAUCACAUGAACCUUCACACUGGAGAGAAGCCGUUCUCCUGCGAUCAGUGUGGAAAGAGUUUCAUUUGUAAAACAAGCCUCAAUAACCACUUGAAGAUUCACUCGGGAGAGAACUGUUUAGUAUGCCAACAGUGCGGAAGAAGUUUCACUGAAAAACGAAGUCUUAAAAUCCACAUGAGACUUCACACUGGAGAGAAGCCUUACUCGUGCAUUCAGUGCGGAAAGAGUUUCACAUAUAAAACAGCUCUUGACUCCCACAUGAGACUUCACACUGGAGAGAAGCCUUACUCGUGCACUCAGUGUGGAAAGAGUUUCACAUAUAAAACAGCUCUUGACUCCCACAUGGUAAGUCACACUGGAAAGAGCCCUUUCACCUGCAAACUGUGCGGGAAGGUCUUCGCAUGCAAAGUCAGCCUCAUGUAUCACAUAAACGUUCACACCGGAGAGAAGCCGUUCUCCUGCGAUCAGUGUGGAAAGAGUUUCGCAGGUAAAGGUACCCUUGAGAGACACAUGAGGAUUCACUUGAAAGAGAAGAAGUUUUAUAUGUAACGAGUGCCAUAAAAUGAUUGGCCUCUGAAAUGCGACCUUUAUUUGCCGGUUCAUUAAAACCUUCAAGAAUCUCAUGAGGCUUCACACCAGAGAGAAGCUAUGAAAACUCGUGCUUAUGUGAAACCGUAUUUGUGUUCAGUGUGUGGAAAGAGUUUCAAAUGGCCUAGCAAUCUGAAAUGGCACAAGAAAAUAUGAGUUUGUGUGAAAUUAAGGCUACGUUCACACUGCAGCUGAAUGUGGCCCAAAUUUGAUUUUUCUGGUCAAAUGUAGAAAGUUUUUUGGCCAGGCUGUUAAAGUGACUUUUAAAAGUGGCCCAUAUCAGAUGGUCAGUGAUUUGGUUGAUGUUCAUUUGUUUUAUUUGCAUCCUUCAUGUCAUUAUAUUUUUAUUUUCUUUUGUCAUGUACAUAUGAACACUUGUGGCCAGGCUUCACCAUCUCCUUUGCUAUAGUUUUAAACAUUAAGCAACUCUAAUUUGUAUUGAGGCAUCACUUCAUUCCAUAUAUUGAUAAAUCAGAAUAAAAAAAUUCUGUCUUGCUGUGAAAUGCUGCAAUUAAUGAACAAUUCUAAAUGAGAGGACAUAAACUGAAUGCAAUUAUGAACACUGCACUGCAUUUAUUUAAUUAACGUUUACGGAGAGAAUGCACUCAAAAUGUAAACUAUGGGACAUAUUUCAAAUAUGGGACUGAAUGUGGCUAACCCCAACCCUGAUCAAACACACCUGAACAAGCGAAUCAAUGUCUUCAGGA